CAAGUGUCUAAUGUCAUGUGUCAAAUGCCACUGUCAUUCUGACAAGAUUCACGGCGACCAUUCCCAAAUGAGUUAGAAAUAUAGAAAAACUUGUUUCUAGUGAAAAAUUCCAAUUCUUAUGAUAUAUUUUGCAUCUACAAACGUCCAAUGAGGUCAAUAAAGUAAAUAAAAGGAACAGUUCCUGUUAAAACAACGUAAUUUAAGAUCAUCCUGUACACGCCAACAGACUGGAGGGGCACAAGGUCCCUUUGCUAUCCACUGCGGAUCCCCAAGGCACACGAUUGACUCCAUCUGGCUCUAGUCCAGAUAUGGACGAUGGAGGAAAACGACAGGCCACCAGGGUGUUCAAGAAGAGCUCCCCAAAUGGAAAAAUCACGGUUUACUUGGGCAAAAGGGAUUUUGUCGAUCACAUAUCGCACGUUGAUCCCAUAGAUGGCGUUGUAUUAAUUGAUCCAGACUAUGUGAAGGAUAGAAGAGUGUUUGGACAUGUACUUGCUGCAUUUAGAUAUGGUAGGGAAGAUCUAGACGUUUUAGGUUUAACAUUUCGUAAGGACUUGUACUUAGCAGCCGAACAAAUCUACCCACAAGACAGUGCGGCGCAAAGUAAAAGACCUCUGACGAGAUUACAGGAAAGAUUGAUUAAAAAGUUGGGAUCGAAUGCGUUUCCUUUUUAUUUCGAAUUACCACCACAUUGUCCUGCCUCGGUCACACUUCAACCUGCGCCUGGGGACACAGGAAAGCCCUGUGGCAUUGAUUAUGAACUAAAAGCAUUUGUAGGCGAGAGCCAAGACGACAAACCCCAUAAGAGAAAUUCUGUAAGGCUAGCCAUUCGAAAAAUUAUGUACGCACCAAACAAACAAGGAGAACAACCGUCCGUCGAAGUGAGCAAAGAAUUUAUGAUGAGUCCUAACAAACUAUAUUUAGAAGCAUCUUUGGAUAAGAAGCUGUAUCAUCAUGGUGAGAACAUUGCCGUGAACGUACACAUAGCGAACAAUUCAAACCGCACAGUCAAGAAGAUCAAAGUUUCAGUAAGACAAUUUGCUGACAUUUGUCUUUUUUCAACUGCUCAAUAUAAAUGCACAGUCGCAGAAACAGAAAGUGAGGAAGGGUGCCCUAUUGGUCCCGGAUUCACUCUUAGCAAAGUAUUUACGCUUACUCCUUUACUGGCCAAUAACAAAGACAAAUGGGGUUUGGCCCUGGAUGGUCAAUUAAAACAUGAAGACACGAAUCUUGCAUCUAGUACACUUGUAGCUGAUAUGUCACAACGAGAAAACUUGGGAAUCAUCGUCCAAUACAAAGUUAAGGUAAAAUUGUGCCUUGGUGCAUUGGGAGGUGACUUAGUGGCCGAAUUGCCGUUUAUUUUAAUGCAUCCUAAACCUGAAGAAGAAAUUAUCCCACCUUCUACUCCUUCUAGACGUGUAAGUGAGGAUGUUAGGAAUGAUGUGCCAGUUGAUGCGAAUUUGAUUCAGUUAGAUGCUGAGGAGAGCCAUGAUGAUGACAUCAUAUUCGAAGAUUUUGCAAGAUUAAGGUUAAAGGGAGGAGAAACGGACGCAUGAGAGAGGGUAUUGGCAAAUACUUGUCCAUAUGUACCAUUACGUACCGAUGUGUAUGUCACCUGCGAAUAGGUAUUUUACCUAUACAGGGUGAUUCAGAAAUAAAUGUUUCGGCAGAUCUUUAGAAUUCCCUUUGGUAUAGAAAAAACAGAAAAUGUGAACAUUGAAAUCUAAAUCUUCUUUUCUAUAAGGUACAUAAUGAUUUCAGAAUCUACCCCAUGUAACCAAAACUAUAAAGAUAAAAUGUAAAUUUUUAAUUUUUUACUCCAAUGAAAGUAUACAUGUCUCCAAUGUUUAUUGUUGAAUCACCCUUUAUAACCAGUGUGUGUGUGCCCUAGUCAGCGGCUGUGCAUUGUGACACAACCAGAUUGCACUUAUUGUAUGAUUAAUUUGUUCCCUUCUUUAAUUUUUAUCUAUGUCCUAAUAUAUCAGUAAU